CGGCCGCCGCCGGGGCAGUGGCAGUGAUUGCCGGGGCGAUGCCGCCGCCGGGAGGAGGGGCUCGAGUGGCGGCGGCUCCGCCGCGCCCGUGGCGGCAGGAGGAGCGGCGGCGCGACGCGAUGGGGAAGGGUCGGUGAUGGCGGAACCGGCGGAGCUGCGGCAGGACUCGGUGGUGCGGUUCCUGGCGGCGCGGGGCGGGCGGGCGCGCAACACGGAGCUGCUGGAGCAUUUCCGGGACUGGCUCAGCCCCUCGGAGCCCGACCGCCGCGCGGCCGCGCGCCAGCGCUUCAAGGAGCUGGUCAACGCCGUGGCCACCGUCCGCCAGGAGCCCGGCACCGGCGUCAAGUACGUGCACCUCCGCCGCCGGUUCUGCGCCCCGGAGCCCGCCGCCUUGAGCCCCGGGGAGGAGAAGGCGGCGGCGGCGGUGGUGGGGGACAGCGCGGAGCGGCCGAGCCCGCCGCCGUGCCCGCGGGCAGGCGUUGAGGAGGCACCGCCGCCGCCGCCGCCGCCGGCGAGCGAGAAUGCCGGCAGCCGCCCUCAGCCCGCGGGGCGACGGGGCGAGCCGCCCCGGCCGGGCCCGGCGGCGGCCGCCGGAGGCCAACGGAAAGGUUCCCGGCGGGGGCCUCCGCCCGGGCGCGGCAGAGGCGGCGGCGAGGAGGCUGCGGUAGCGGCGGGCCCUGGACGGCCGCCGCCGGCGGAGGAGGCGAGGGCGGCGGAGGGUGCCCCCGGGGCGGCGGCGCAGGGGGGCGGCCGGAGGAGCCUGCGGGAGGCGGCGCGCGGCGGGUCGCCCCAGCUGAAGCGCGGCGCCCUCCCUGGGGGAUCCCGCGGCCGCGGCGGCGACUCGGAUAGCGCCUCGGUCGCCUCGUCUUCCGCCGAGGAGGAGGGCAGCACUACCGGUGCCGUGGCCCUGGACCCCCUGGAGCACGCCUGGAUGCUGUCGGCCUCGGACGGGCGGUGGGAGAGCCUGGAGGGGCUGCUGAGCUGCGAGCCGACGCUGCUCUGCAAGCGGGACUUCAUCACCGGCUUCACGGUGCUGCAUUGGGCCGCCAAGCACGGGCGGCAGGAGCUGCUGGCCACGCUGGUCAAUUUCGCCCAGCGGCACCAAUUGCCCGUGGACAUCAACGCCCGCACCAGCGGCGGGCACACCCCGCUGCACAUCGCUGCCAUGCAUGGCCACGCCGAAGUGGUGAAGCUGCUGGUAGGAGCCUAUGAUGCCGACGUGGACAUCCGUGACUACAGCGGGCGUAAGGCCGCGCAGUACCUGCACCAGGGCACUUCGGGGGAUAUGCGGAGCCUCGUAGGGGCCCUGGAGGAGGAGGAGGAGGAGGAAGGGGCCACUGGCAAUGGGAGUGGGCGCUGGAGGCUCUCCAAGGUGUUACCCUCCAAUCUCAUAAACUACCGUCUCUCCCACCACCACCAUCACAACACUGGAGAGGAAACCGAGGGUACUGAGGGGGCAGCGGUAUCGGGCAAGGGCAAGGAGAUGACCAGGAAGGCCUCUGGCAGUGGGCGGAUGAAGCCUCGGCUUAAUAAGAUCCGCUUCAGGACUCAGAUCAUCCACAACACGCCCUCCUUUCGUGGUGACACAGAGGAGGAAGAGCACGAAGAGAAAUCCCUGAAAGCGUCAUUCAAGCUCAGGCCUAAGUCCAAUGUCUUUGGAUAAGGCCUGGGGAACAGGAGGUCUAGGAGGUGGGCGCGUGGACCAAAGUGCCCGAGAAUAUAGUGCAGAAGGUGAGGCAGGUAUGGGUGGGUGCUCAUUUACAUUCAUUGACCUUCAGCAGAUGGUUCCUCAGUGUCUUGCUCUUAGUUCGGCUGAGUUGGUGAGCCCAGUGGGAGGACGAUGGCUUGCAACUCCUGAGAGCAGCUGCUUUGGCUGGGCCCUCAGCGCUGAAAUGAGAGGUAGUGGGUCCAUUGAGAAACACUGAGGUGUUGAAAAACUGCUCCUUUCUUUCCAUAAAUAGGCUUUGGGUUGGAAACCUGUGUUACCGAAUCUACUGGGAUUAGUGAGUUGAGUGGGGGAAAGAAAAGUGCAAGCACUCAUAUAUUAUCAACUGGUACUAUAAACUGCUUACGAACAACUUGCAGUGUAAGAACACCUCAGUAAUAUGCAAAUAUCAUUUAAGUUUCUCCUUAACAGCAAUACCACCUGGCACAGCGUGGAGUUGGGUACCUAAAAUGAGAUGGUAGAUAACAGUUUCCUGUCAGAAUCCAGGCUUCAAUCCAGCAAAGACUUGAGCUCAUGUUAACUUUAUUCGUGGAAAAUUCCCUCAUUUGACAUCACAAAUAUGUUAAAAUCCAUUGCACUGCAAGCAAGGAGUAAAGUUAACCACGUGCACAAGCCUCUGCUGUCUCAGGUACUACUGAGCUUGCUUAUUGCUGUUGGAAUACUAAUACAAGAUAAUGGAAGCAAAGAAUCUUUUUAGAUAUUUGGUAUCUUAUUUUUUGUCUUAGGCAAAGCAAUUUUAUUUUAAUCACUGUGAAUUCUCAAGUGCCAGACCUAGCGCAGUUCGGUUAUUAAGUCUGGUCAGUUCCUGUUAAUGUUGUUUGUGUAACUCACUGCAUUUAAAAUCAGAAACGUAUGUUGUAUGUGCUACCCGUGAAAGUCGUUCUCUCUGUAGAAAAGAACACAGACACUGUUGCAUGAAAUCUUUGUGAAGCUCUAAUAUGGUCCUGUAAUGUAAUAGCUACAGGUCUGUGUUUGCUAGUAACAUGUGUGCCAAUCUCUCCAGCUGGCUUUGUGUACAAGUGGAAGAAAGAAAAAAAAUCCACUGGUUGGUGUGUGAAUUCACACAUAAGGUGAUGAACUGGAACUCUGAAACUCUAUCCCCGUUUGUCAUCCCAAGUGAAAGCAGUGUAACGACAUAUUCCAGUGAAGUGGUGGCAGUGGUGUUUGAGUUCUUUUAAACCUGUAUUUCUAGAGGAGUGAUAACCAAGGCUUUGAACUGUUGUUUAACAGCCUAGUAAGUCUUAAUCUGAUUGAUGAGCCUAUCCGGCUGCUAAAGCUUUCAGAAACCUUGAAUCUUGUUUUUCUGCUUUAAAGGUAGGAAUUCCAGUGAAAUCUAGGAGGCAGAUUUGUAUCCAGAUUCAGCUUUCCUUCAGAAUGAGGUACUGAGCUGACCCUGGACCCUGAAUGCUGCUCAAGGUAGAAGCUCACCCAUACUUAGUAGUUAAGAUAUGGCCAAUUUCAGUGCAAUGUUUGUCAAAGCAUGUUUGGAGUUGGCUUCCUUGCAAUGGAUGAGCAUGUCUGGCCGGUAGCUAACCCCAAGUAGCUAGUAGGCUUUGACAUGUUGAAAUCCAGCUUUGAGGCACUGAUUGCAUGCCAGCAACCUCUAGAACACCUCCCAGGGAAACUGCUGCGGGGAGUUGUGCGCUUUCAAGAUAACAGCUCUCUGUAGCUGCUGCUGGUGGCUUUCAUUUCUUGUAGCAGCAGAGGAAGUGAGUGCUGGCAAUUCAUUGGUUCCAGACUGCCCGUGGAUUAUAUCACCAAAUUCUGCACUUUGUGUCAAAACGUAAUAAAUGACAGUAUUUGCAUAGGCACGCAGGCAACACUGAACUAUUUCUAGGAAAAAUUACAUAGGGGAAAAAGAAUUCUCUCUGUGUAUGUGCUGGUCAUUACUUUUGUGCAAAAAAGACUAGAAAUGAUACAGAGGUUCAGCUUUAGUUUAUAAUUUAUAAGCUGUAUUGCUACAGAUUUCAUGUGCCUUCAUUUUGGGUUGGUUGACACAAACAUGAUGGAUAAAGUCAGUCUUGCAAAGCACUUUGUCUUUAUUUCUGUGGGACAGGACCAGAAAUUUUCCCUCAACCCUUCCCAUUUAAGCUGUAAACUUGUACAAAAAUGGAGUGUCUGAAAGGGGAGGAGGGGAAUAAUCACAGGAAUUAUAUGCCAUAGAGUUUAUUAAUUUGUUACAGAGAAGAGUAUUAAAUGCCUAAGUCUUAAACUUCCUUCACUCUGGAGUAGAAGUGGCUUUGUAGGUUGCUGUAGAGAGGAACUUUUCUGACUAAACACUUGAAAUGUCAACUCUCUUCAGCAUGGUCACUUCAAAAUUCAGCACAUGUUCCAUGCAGCUACCUGUGUCCAAACCUUAUUCAAGGAACUUUCUGCUUUGAGAGUUUAUAGUUCUUAUGAGCUGUUGGGUGAAGUGUUUAUCUCUUCACAUGCAAUAGCAAAGAAUUGCACAAAAAUACUGAGUCAUAGAUAGCUGUUGGGGUCUCGGGAGAUAAUGGAGUGUUUCUGUGCUUUGGAAUUUGGAAUAUAGCACACUUCACAUUUUAAAAGACUAACUGGAAGAUAGAUGGUCCACUGAUAUUGUUGAGCUGUCAAUUAAUGACAUUUCACUGUAACAGUCCAAAAGUCUUUGCAAGGUGGGGUGCAGCAGAACAAACAUCUCUGUUGGUGUCUGAGAUGUGUUGACGAAUGGCUGGAGAACCACUAGUGUCUGUCUGCGCUACAGGACUAAAGCACUUUGAUUUCACAUUUUGACUUGUCACAUUCCAUGUGGUUACUUUUUUAUAACGUGAGCUACAAGUUAACGUUUCUUUGGAGAUAGGAAAGGCUUGAUGCCCUGUUACAGAAUAUAUACAGUCUAAAGGUACUCUUGAGUCAAAUAUUUUGGAUACAUUGCCUAGAAAGAUGUGAAAUUAGAAAAAUAAAGUUGUAUGGUACAGAAAA